CCAACUAGGAAGGGCGACUAUACCUUUAAGUGAAAGAAAGCGAAACAAGGAGCAAUCAGCGGGAUCGCUGGGUCGGUGGGUCGGGUAGCUAGUGGACUGGACGCACAGGGCAUUUCGAUAUGAUAUUUGUCAAACUAAUUCUCAUGUUUUGCUGCCUACGAGACAUAACAGGUCAGUUUGGGAAGCCAUUGGACAAAUAUAUUCGCCAUUAUGAGGGUUUAUCAUAUGACACAGAAGUCCUGCACAACAGUCACCAGAGAGCCAAGAGGGCACUCUCUCCUCAAGACAAGACUGUGCACCUGGACAUCCACGCACAUGGAAGACAUUUUAACUUGCGGAUGAAGAGGGAUACAACUCUAUUUUCCCCAGAUCUCAUCAUUGAGGUUUCGGGAGAGGAGGUAUCCAUUGAUACAUCCCAUAUUUACAGUGGAGAAGUCUUUGGUGAAAAGGGCACACUGACCCAUGGCUCUGUGGUCGAUGGGCGCUUCGAGGGCUUCAUUAAAACCAACCAAGGGACGUACUAUGUCGAACCCUCCGAGAGGUACAUAAAGGACAAGAAUGUGCCAUUCCACUCCGUCAUCUAUCAUGAGGACGACAUCAAUUAUCCUCAUAAGUAUGGCUCAGAGGGCGGCUGCGCUGACCACUCAGUGCUGGAGAGGAUGAGGAGGUACCAGGCAACCGCAGUAGAAGACCCAGUGAAAGAUGUGAACAGUGUGUCGAGGGAGGAGGAGAGCUCCCAUGGUCCUGUUAUUCUGAGGAGAAAGAGGGCAGCGGCGAAAGAGAAAAACACUUGCCAGCUCUUCAUCCAGACUGACCACCUCUUCCACAAAUUCUAUGGCACCAGAGAGGCUGUCAUUGCCCAGAUAUCCAGCCAUGUAAAGGCUCUUGACUCUAUUUACCAGGCCACUGACUUCCUGGGCAUUCGAAACAUCAGCUUCAUGGUUAAAAGGAUCAGGAUAAACACCACCACCGAUGAAAAAGACUCGACGAACCCCUUCCGCUUUGCCAACAUCGGAGUGGAGAAGUUUUUAGAGCUUAACUCUGAGCAGAACCACGAUGACUACUGCCUCGCCUACGUCUUCUCUGACAGGGACUUUGAUGAUGGGGUGCUUGGCUUGGCUUGGGUUGGGGCUCCUUCAGGAAGCUCUGGGGGCAUCUGUGAGAAGAGCAAACUCUACUCUGAUGGGAAGAGAAAGUCCCUGAACACUGGUAUCAUCACUGUGCAGAACUACGCCUCCCACGUCCCUCCCAAGGUGUCCCACAUUACUUUUGCUCAUGAGGUUGGGCACAACUUUGGCUCCCCUCAUGACUCUGGGAUCGAAUGCACCCCUGGAGAAUCUAAGUUGCAGGGCAAAAAGGAGCAGGGCAACUACAUCAUGUACGCAAGAGCCACAUCGGGGGACAAGCUCAACAAUAACAAGUUCUCUGUCUGCAGCGUCCGAAAUAUUAGCGCUGUCCUAACGAAGAAGAGAAAUGACUGUUUUGUUGAGUCCGGCCAGCCUAUCUGUGGUAAUGGACUGGUGGAAGAAGGGGAAGAGUGUGACUGCGGCUACAGUGACCAGUGUAAAGACCCCUGCUGCUUUAACGCCAAUGAAGGGGAGGGCAAGAAGUGCAAGCUCCAACCUGGCAAAAUCUGCAGUCCCAGCCAAGGCCCAUGUUGCACACCAGAGUGUGUUUACAAGAACACGAAUGACAAUUGCAGACAGGAGUCCGAGUGCGCCCAUGACGGCCGGUGUAACGGAGCCACUGCUCAAUGUCCUACCUCAGAACCAAAGGCAAACUUCACGUCUUGCCAUGCCGAAACACAAGUCUGCAUGGAUGGGGUAUGCUCCGGUUCCAUUUGUGAAAAGUAUGGUCUGGAUGUGUGCACCUGUGCCAGCAAGGACGAGAAGGAUGAAGCAGCUGAGCUGUGUCACGUGUGCUGUAUGGAGAAGAUGAAUCCCAGCACCUGUAGCAGUACAGGCUCGGAGAAAUGGACCCAAUUCUUCAACAUGAAGACAACAACGCUGCAGCCCGGCUCCCCCUGCAACGACUUUAAGGGCUACUGCGACGUGUUCAUGAGGUGUCGUCUGGUGGACGCCGACGGGCCUCUGGCAAGGCUGAAGAAAGCCAUCUUCAAUGCAGAGCUCUACGAAAAUAUUGCAGAGUGGAUAGUGGCUCACUGGUGGGCGGUGCUGUUGAUGGGCAUUGCUCUUAUUAUGCUGAUGGCUGGCUUCAUCAAAAUCUGCAGCGUCCACACCCCCAGCAGCAACCCCAAACUGCCACCACCAAAGCCACUGCCAGGUACACUGCGGAGGAAAAGGCAGCAGCAGCAGCAGCAGGCAAACCAACAGGCACAGGCACAGGGCCAGCGCCACCAACGCCAGCACAGAGAGAACUAUCAAAUGGGACAGCUGAGACGCUGAGACUGGUCUGCUCUUUGCCUCGUUUCUUGCUUGUGCCUCCAAUAUGAGCACUUCAGUCCAAAGAGUCACCUUUACCACCUAUUGCAAAAUUCAAAGAACUUGCAACUGGAUCAAUUUCACUGGAUAAAGCCCGACUGUUUGGUUGGGCUUAGCAAACUCACUCACUUUUUAUAGGAAGUAAAUAAAUACCUUUUUCCAAGGAACGACAGGAGGAGAAAUUCACUGAUCUCUGUUAUGUGGUCUUAAUCUUUGAAUGCUUUUUUUGUUUGUUUUUUACCAGAACAGAUUUGUACUACAGUCGCACUCCACGGUCCUUAAUCUGUGCCACCUUUUUUCUUUUCCUGUUCUUCCUCUCAGUUCUGCCAUCAUCAGCACGAUGGCAGAACUGCAACUCACAUUGGUAUUUACUAAAAACAGCAUUGAGAUAUUCCAUUUUUUUCCCCUCCAAUGUAAAUUACAUUACUAAAGCACCAUCAAAAGCUUUUUUUUAUUUUUAAAGCAUAACUAUUCCUUUAGUGUGCAAUUGUACAGAUGUUGCAGUAGUUUUCUUUUCUCUGUUUCAAAUUAAAUUGAUUUUCUUAAAGAUUAUUUACUGUUUUAAUUCACAUUCUCAGGAUUAAUACAACAGCAAACAAGUGUAUGAAGUGGAAAAGAUGACUGCAUGUUUAUUUCAGGGUACAGCCCCUCGGGGCUGAGGCCUGUACAGAAGGGUUCAUGUUGGCGGCAGGUUCUAUGAAAAUAAUUUAGAUAAAUGAGUUUAAAGAAAUGAUCUCAUGUCCUCUGUGAUCAGAUGAAGGGGCGAUGGAUUAUCUGGAUGUGCAUUUGUAUUAUAUGGUUUUGCAGCUGCGUUUACAUAAAUGUAUCGUCUUUGUACUGAAGAGUAUGUCUUUACAUUCAGAGCGAUGAUCCAACCAAAACGGAGACUGGUCAAACUUAACUCUGAGGUCAAAAAAGCCUGCGUACAUAAGAAGUUAUUUCAGAAAAGAAGUGUCCCAUUGGGAUUGUCCUGCCCACAUGUUCGCUUGUUGUGUUCUGUCCACUUUAAAACCACUUAAGAACAGUUGGAUCCUCUCAACCUCUGUCUCCAGAUGAGGAACCUUUCUGGUUAAAAUGUGUUUAGCUUUUAUUGAUUUCACUUGCAGUGCAGUUUAUUUGUAUAUGUGGAGGAAUUGAAUCAAUUUGGGAAAACUGGAGCUUCUGAUUUUCUAAUUGCUUUGUUGCUGCUGCUAACGGAGAUUUACCGGAGCGAACAGUCAGUAUUGGUCAGCCACCCACCGCUGUUCUGGCCUCUCUUUUCCUCCUGAUCGGGGUUUUCUCAAAGAACUUUGUCUCCCUUGUUACACCCUCUUGGUUUGUGUAAUUGCAGUGAAAUGUGCCUACUCAGAGAAGUUGGACUGAAGUUGGUGUCCUAGUGUCAGAGCCAUGCAUGAGCUGGCAGUUCACCCGAGCACUGUUUGAUAUAUAUCAACUCUAAUUUGGCGUAACUUGAGUUUUCAGUCGUCUCCAACUUGGGUCAACUUCACUGACGGAUAGAUAAGAGGGCAGAAGAAACCAGUUGAGUUACCCGCAGACGAUACAAUGAUGUGUAUCUAGAGGUACUUAAAAUGAUUUUAGGAGGGAACAACUUGGGGGAGCAAAGUAUUUUUUGGGGGUUUCAUUUUUGCAAAAGAGUUGUAUGGAGCACAGCUUCAGUUCAUCCUGUGUUCUUUGCAAGAUGGGAGGAUGUUGUGUAAUUGAUCAGAUAUAUUCUAUGCAGAGUAUCACAGAGCUCCACCGCUAACACGUCUUUACAGAGAAAUGCCUUCAAUGUUUUCCCCUAAAUGGGCACAUGGAAUAUUCUGUUGUCUUUUCAGAACAAACUGGUUACUUCCGUCUAUGUGCUGCAGCAACGUUUGUGAACACACUCGAAUACAUCCCGACGUUGCUUCUUUUACCGAUUUCGUUUGUCUCGCUGGUGCUACUGGCAGUGCGUUCUCUGGAUCGGAGAUUAAACUAGAGUUGUUAUUAUGUGUGUGUGUGUGUGUGUGUGUGUGUGUGUGUGUGUGUGUGUGUGUGUGUGUGUGUGUGUGUGUGUGUGUGUGUGUGUGUGUGUGUGUGUGUGUGUGUGUGUCCUUAUUCAUUAUUCAUUUUAUUGACAUGAGAUGUGAACAAUACUAGGUGUUAGGGUAUAAUACUCUGGGAUUUUUUUUCUUUCUGUUUCACAUAUGUCGCUGUGAUGUUGAGAAAAUGUGCAAGUGGUGUAAACGAAUAAUCAAAAAUGGUAUAGAUCCAGUACUACUGUCUGAUUUUAAUGUCUAUUGUGUCUUAUACAGUGUCUUUGCUUUUAGUUUUUCUUUACUUUUAUUGGUCUUUCCCAUUCUGCUUACUUUGAAAAUUGUACUUAAUUUGCAAAGUUAUUGUGCAAACAAAUUUAAUUUCUUUUGAAUUACUUGAAAUGCAUUAAUAAACAAGAGUUGAUAAAA